AUGUCGUCCUCUCAUAUUCACUUCCCAGCCGUGCCGCCCCUCGAGUCCAUCUCCGAUCUCCCGCAUGAGAUCUACGCCGCCCAGCAGCGUCAACAUCAACAACGCCUCAAUCACUGGUCAAGCGUCAUGUGCCCCAUACCGACCUGUAAACGAUACAGUCCCAUCGCGGCCGAUACGAUCCUCCGAUCCGAUGUAUCUGUCAGAUCGGAUGAUUCAAACCGUUCCCGAUCAUCGGGCUCUCCAGCCGAGACAUUGGCGUCCGGUGUUUUGUAUUAUCCUCCUCCAUCGGCACUACCGGCGUACACGGCUGAAAUUCCGAUUCGGAUGGAACCCAACACCCUGCUGCUCGAUAUCACCGUGGACAAGAUACUCAAUCUCGUGAAAACCGAGCUCAAGACGCCUUUUUCCGAGGACGCGUACGAUCGAUCCUCGCACCGGUCACAUGCAGAGUAUGAAGAUGAUAGCGAUGAUAGUGAGGCUGAAGCUGGCCCAUCUGGAUCUGCCGCGAUGCACACAUCCCUAUCCCGAGACAUGUCAAAUUUGGGUCAACCUAGCGGGACAUCAUCUUCUCAUCGAAACAAACGCCAACGAGGAGCGCUUCGUCCAGUUGGAUCACCAGACGAAUGGCCGUUCCGCCGAGAUCUCCAAAGCGUCAUUGAAUGCGAUGUGUGCGCCAUGAUGCUGUUUGAUCCGGUCACCACGCCUUGUCAACAUUCAUUCUGUUACAAGUGUCUCUCGCGGUCUCUGGAUCACUCCAAUCGGUGUCCCGUCUGUCGACAAGACUUGCCUGGAUUCGCAUUCUUCCAGGAUCACAGCGUCAAUCGGGUCCUCCUUGCUGUCAUCAAGACAGUCUUCAAAGACGCAUACGCCGAAAGACAACUCGCUAUCGAACGCGAAGAGCGUGAUGCGCUGCUCGAUACGCCAAUCUUUGUUUGUACGCUCGCUUUCCCAGGUAUGCCGACCAUUCUACACGUCUUUGAACCGAGAUAUCGGUUGAUGAUCCGACGGUGUAUCGAAUCGUCAUCCCCUCGGUUCGGCAUGGUUCUCCCAUCACAUGGAACCGGUCAACCGGGUACGCAGGGCGUCAUGGAGUAUGGUACAAUGCUGGAGAUUCAGAGCGUACAAAUGCUGCCUGAUGGUCGUAGCAUGGUGGAGACAGUCGGAUCGUACCGUUUCAAACUGUUGGAAAAGGGUAAUUUGGAUGGGUAUACUGUUGGUCGAAUCGAGAGGAUUGAUGACAUUACUCCUGCAGAGGAACUGGCUCUGGAACAAUCCUCUCUGGCCAGCUCCUCAGAAGAUCACACUGCCCUCGGCCUCGCUACAGAUGCGAUUCUCGAUGCCGGCGGACCCACGACUACACCCGCAUUCGGUCUUGCAAGCAGUGGAGGAGCCAUUCCUAUGCCUCCAUUGACUCAAAGCGCUAUAGACGAUGAGACGAGGUCGACCGAAGAAUACAUGACAAUCUGUCGAUCAUUCAUCGAUCAACUCAGGAGUGGUUCAGCCCCUUGGCUACUUCAGCGACUGAACAACACUUACGGGACAAUGCCGACGGAUCCUAGCGAAUUUUCCUACUGGAUGGCUUUGGUCAUGCCGAUUGACGAGUACGAAAAGGCAAAGCUUCUGCCGAUCCGAUCGCCAAGAUUGAGGCUGAAGUUGAUCGUUCAUUGGGUCGAAUCGCUUCGAUCUUCUUGGUGGUGA